AUGUCUGAUUCCUCGGUGAGAAGUUCAUUCUCACGAGCCAGAUUUGAUCUGGAUAAAUUCCUGUCUACAAUGCAAUCUCUCAGAGGUAGUUUUGGAGGCGAUGUCUAUUGGUCGUACGACCUACACUCUAGUAAUAGUUGGAACAAGAAUAGGUGCCAAAUUACAGAUGUUGGGUCACUGCGAUGUUGUAAGGAAACUGAUGAAUCAGAUUUAAUAGACCACCUACAAAAUUGUAAGGUUAAGUUCAUUGAAAAGCAUAAUGGAGUUUUCCCCACGAUUCAAGUUUCCGUAGGCUUAAAGAAGAUUUAUCUAAGGGUUCAAGAUGCAAGUACUUUUGAAGAAUUGGUUUGUGCACUUAUGUGGUGGAGUGGAUUGAGGAAAAAUGGUAUAUUUGAAAAAUUCACACCUCAGAAACCUGUAUUAGAUGGAGAUGAUGGUGCUACGAAUUUACUAGUUUCCCAAUUAUAUGUCUUUGGUCCCGUUUUAAACAAGAUUGUCCCAGUUGAUAACAAACUGAAUAAACCUGAUUUUUUACCCAAUUCUGAAAUAGAAGAAGGUUGGUUUCCUGCAAUGGGGGUUUUAAAAUCUAAUGGUGUUCUAGAUCUAUUAUUGCAGCAGGAUGGUACUUUAAUCUAUUCGUUGAAUAUAGCUGUUUUACUGCGAUCAGAAAUUCGUAUUCCUGAUUCUUCACUGGGAACCGAAAACUACCUGUUCCUUAAGGCGAUCCCUAGUUUGAGGAAGAGCUUAAAACUCGUUAGGAAUCAAAAAUUUAUUCAUACUUCGAAACAUGCUCAUAAUUCUGCAAUACUUUUAAAAUUCCCAUUGAAGAUCGAUGUAGAAGAUUGGUUCGUUGCAUUAAAAUCGUUUGCAAUCGCAGAGAAUUUCUCAUUAAUCGCUGCUGAUAAGUCAAACCACGUACGUGUUUCCAAUUCAUUUUCUCUUUCCAUUCUAGAAGGUCGUUUUAAAGAAUCAGAAGUUGAUGAUGAAUUACCUUCAUUAUAUGUUGAAUUAUCAAUGUGGGGGUACAAAUGCGGCCGCACACCUGUGGUGGAUCAAUCUUACUCACCAUUUUGGAGAGAAAUUUUCAAAUUUCAUGAAUCAUUACUAGUUAACGACCUAAGGCUGGACAUUAAGAAAAGAUCGUUUGAUGCUAAAACACCAGAUAAAACUAUUGGAUACAUAGAAUUGUCCCAGGAAAAUAUUAACGAUCCCAAAUUGAUUAAGGAAACUAGGUUGCCAGUGAUGUCUGCCAUCAGAAAAAAUGAAGAAAUUGGUACAUUGUGCAUAAAAAUCGUAUCAAGUUUAAUUCUAGUACUUCCGUCUUCUAAUUUUACCAGAAUGGAAAAACUGUUACAAAUCGUAGACCCUGAAGAACUUUGUGGUUUGGUUCAAGAUUUUUCGGAUGGGGUUGAUGUUAAAAUCGAUAACAUUUCAGAUAUUUUCCUAGAUAUAUUUCAGGCCCUCAAUAGAGAAAAUGAUUGGUUUGGUGCAUUAUUGAAAAGGGAAUUAUCUGUAGUAGACAGUUCUAUUGCAAGAAACACAAUUCAAAACAAAACUUCCUCUCACAUCUACAGCACAUUAUUUAGAGGUAAUUCCGUGUUAACAAUAUCCAUGGAGAAAUAUUUCUACCGAGUAGGGCAUGAAUAUUUGGAUAAAUCUAUUGGAGACGUCCUUAGAGAUGUUAUUGAUAAACAGGUUAGUUGUGAAUUGGAUCCUGCAAGAAUCGAAGAACGUGAUCCUGCGUUGGUGCAAGAAAUUGUAGCACGAAACAAGGAAACUUUAAGCCAUUAUGUUGGCCAGCUUUGGCAUAGAAUCUAUACCACAAGUAAUGACCUCCCGAUGAGUAUCAGGGAACAGAUGCGAACUUUCAGGAAAAAAUUGGAAUUGAUUUGCAUGGAGGACGACUUCAAUACUACUUUAAAUUGCGUAUCCGGUGUACUUUUCCUAAGAUUUUUCUGUCCAGUAAUCCUAAAUCCGAAAUUAUUUAAUUGGGUAUCAGAACAUUUGGAUGAAACUUCUCAGAGAAAUCUAACGCUUAUUUGCAAAGUGCUAUUAAACCUUUCAAACAUAACCUAUUUUGGCAAUAAAGAGCCAUUUAUGAUUUUAAUGAACGAAUUCAUAGAGUCCCAUAAAUCCGAACUUUUAGAUUACAUUGAUAAAGUGACUCUCAAGAAAAUAGAUUUUUCUCCAAAGAAGUUGAAAUUGGCAGGAUGUGUAGCAAGACCUAAUUUGACGAUGAACAAGGAGGAAUUGAAAGAAUUGCCAAUGAACCCAUAUCUUAUCGACAAACAUCUAAGAGAAACUGAGAUCUUUACAUUUUUAGCUAGCAUAACGAUCAGAAAGGAGGGGAAUCUUCAUCUGCUCAAGAACAUGAAAUUUGGGACUGACGAUGUGAUAUGUGAUAGACCAGUCAUGGGCCAAAAAUUGAUGAUUAGAGGCUUAGAAUUUGAAAAGAUUACAGAAAACAACACUGAGAUUUUUGGCAGUGAUCUACUUAAGUAUUUGGAAGGAGGUGAAACUCCUACUUCGGAUGAUAAUAAACCGCAUGAGAAUCCAAAUUUGAAUGAGGAUAUCAUAGAGCAGUUGAAACAAGAAUCGAUGUUGUUGUACCAUAAAAUUGGUAAUCUUACCCAGAUGCUAACGGAUUAUGAAUAUCCCUCCGAAGUGGUGCUUAACCAACCUAAUUAUUCUGAGUUCUUAGCCGACAACACUUAUUUCACAAAGGAUAAAAAAUUGAUCGCCAAUUUACGGGGAGAUUUGGGAGACUUGAAAGGUCUCGAGAAAUUAUUUGAUUUUAAAACUAAAAAAUCUGCCCUAUUUGACAACAUUGUUACAUGGGGAGGUAUUGACUGUUUGGAUACUACCGAUGGACCUCCAGUAUAUGCUUCCACUUCAGAGAGUUCUUCGUCUCUAAGUAGAAAUAUCACAAGAUUGAAAUCUAAAAGAUUACCAAAGAUAAUACCCGGGAGUUCCAAGGAGAAGAAUAGAGAUAAAAGUCCAGGGAAAUUGAAAAGACUUUUCAAAAGGUCUACUUGA